AUGACGGCGUCGACGGUGCGGAUAGAGAUGGACGCGCGCGUCGGCGCGGGCGAUCGCGCGCUGCGCGCGUUCGCGUCGUCGAGCGGGCAAAGUCGAGGCGCGAGGACGCGCGGGACGGUGACGACGACGAACGAUGACGACGACGACGACGACCCGCGGUGGGUGGUGUGCUCGGGACGACCGUUUCGCGGACGCGUGCGCGUUAUCGCGGACGCGAACGCGCUCGCAUCGUUGGUCGUGGAGCGGGUGACGGUGGAGUGGGUGGGACGCGAACGCGUGGGCGCGGAGGAGCGAAGCGUCGCGCGGUCGCCGCCGGGCGAGGUGGCGCGCGCGCUGACGCUCGAGCCUGGAAGCACGGUGGGGCUGAAGUUUGGCAUUGAUUUACCUCCGGGAUUAGCGCCGAGUUUUCGAGGCGAGCACUCGAGGUAUUGGUAUCGCGUGACGUGCAAGGCGACGACGGCGAGCGGGGAGACGCUCGAGGCGAGCGCGCCGUUGACGGUUCGCGCGGGGGAUUGGGAUCUUGAACGCCGGGGAGAAGAUGACGGUGAAUUGUGUGACGAUGUGGGCGAUGAUGAUGAUGUAGGCGAGAUGCGAGAGACGUACAGCGCGCGUGAUUUAACUGCGCCGUGGAUACACAUCGAGGACACCGUGCCGCCCGAGUCGCCGCGAUUCAACGGUUCACUAGCGUCGCCUCGCGCUUUGCAGAUGUGGGGAGACGUCGAACCGCAGGUGAGGACACCUCGCGAAAGCUCGACACCGCAAGCGGGCGAAGGAUCGGUGUUCACUCCGCAAUCGCACGGGCAGAGAAAAAAAUCAAAGGCGUACGUCGUGAGCAUGGGCGAGGAUCGACUCGUCAAGGUGACGCUGCGCAAGCCCGCACCUAAGUGCGCGAUUGGGGGCGAAGUGGCGGGUAUACUCGACUUUACGUGCGCCGAACCUGGAAAAGCGCGAGCGUCCCAUGUGCUCAUUACGCUCGAGUCGAGUGAAAUUAUACACGCAGAGGCCAAGACGGUGCACGGCGGCAAGCCGCCGGUAUAUAGGAAAAUUUGGGUACAAACGCACGAGCGAGUCGAGCAUCUCAAUACCUCGAAUUUCGCUCUUAAUUUACCUGCAAAUUCCCCUGGAAGCUUUCGAACAUCAAAAGUUGAGCUCAAGUGGCAGCUCAGAUUCGAAAUUACGUCAGUUAAGAAGACUCCGGCAGGAGAAUUCGCGGCGUUUUUCAAAGGCCAAAAGCACCAGAGCGAGAUUUCGACGCUCGAGUGGAUACUUCCUCUCGACGUGGGUACAGAUUGGCUGACUAACGUUACGAAAAUACCCAAGAUUAGCAGUUCGUCAAAGAUUCGGAGAGAGUCAUCGUUAGUUGCGAUGCAUGAUUAG